CUUGCGUCUCUACCUUUCGCCUCUCGAUUUUGGUCAAUCAGCCAUCGACUUCUAGAUUCAGCAGAUAAUGGACACUUGUCAAGUAAAGGAAAAUAGGCACCAUGAGGCACCCGUCGGUUACGACGACCAGGGCCGGGCUUCGAUCCUGCCCUACUCGCAGACGACCCGGUUUUAUCCCGGCGAUCUGGUCCAUGUUUCAGUUAGGCGCUGUCAUGACGCGAUCGAAACCCAUGGACCGUACCUGGUCGAAAUGGUGAUUUCGGGCAAGUACACGCUAUGCAUGGAUGAUGGAACAGAGGUCUCUGUAGACGGGAAGACAGUAUUCGAGGAAUCGGACCUAGUGGAAGCAGUAUAAGUGUUCUCAUUCUGGGCACUAAAAUUCAUGGGGCUGUCGAGGUAUAUACUACUA